CCGCGAUAACCGGACGCUUUGGGCGCGAAAAUCAUUAGAAAUGAUGACUGUGAGUUUGAGUGAUGACGAUUGAGAACAAAAAUGGAAAAGAAGCAUGUCUCCCCGUCAAAGGUAAAUAUUUUCACAUUUAGUUCUUCUCUAGAAGAUUCUGGGCUAUCUAUUCCUGGUCUACAGCUAUCAAAUGCGAGCAUCGCACUAAAAUCCAUCGUAAAGACCAGUCCCUCGAUGAGCCGAAUGGAGAAACGCCAGAGAGAAGAGGACAGUGACGGAAAAUCUCCAUUAAAGAUGAGGAAAACAAUUCCCGAUCUCCCUUCCAGUGAAUACAACGCUAUUAAUGACCUCAUCUUCGACUCUGACGAGGAUUCCGAUGGGUGGAAGUCUUCAGGGGCGAAGGGGGGGAACAAAGAGAAUUCUCCAAAGAAAAAUAAAGCCCCUGUGAUAUCAAAAAGACUCUGUUCGUCUGACAAAGCUGGAAACAACGAGAAAAUAGUUCAAGACGACGAAAAAGGUCUUGAGAGACAGGACUCCCCCUGGAUCGAUGACAUUUUCGAUGAAUUUUCGGACUCUGAGGAGGAGGGCACCUCCAAGAAGAUGACGAAGAAGUCGCCAGUGAGUCAGAGACUGCAGUCUGCAGACUCUGGACUCCAGUCCUUGGGACCCACCCAGACAUCGAACUGUCACGACAAGGAGGAGGGGAGUGAGAAGCUCGUGGACUCUGGGGUGAAGUCAGAUCAUCAAGACGACAUUGAUGAGCUCUUCGAUGAUGACUGGGACUUGCAGAACAAGUUCUGUCUGGAUCUCUCGGACUUUACGAGGUGCACGAUCAUAGCAAUUGACAGGAGGAGAAUGUCCCUUCAUAUCACUGUUGCUGAUCCAACACCAGAUUCCAGUGCCACUGCAUUGGUUAUUUGCUCAGGCACCUGGAUGGACCUGCUGAUAGCUGUUGGUGAGUCAAUAAUAAUAAAAGCGAGGAAGUCCUUCGGUGAGUGGGUGGUGAAUAACGAGUGGGGCUACUGCAUUACCCAGCCCGACAUCCUGGUGUCAGGUACAACAGUGUCUGCCAGCCUCUUCUGCAACCGCAAAGCAGUUCUGGAGGCGCGUUUUCCAGGCCUCGAUAGUCUCCCCAACCUGGAGCCCUCCGAUGCAGUGAUGACCUGUGGAAAAAUCGUCCACGAGAUCCUGCAGACAGCUCUGAGGAACAAGCUCCACACACUCGAGGAGAUAAAGGCCCUCUCCCAGAGGCUCCUCAAGUGCCCCUCCACCAUCCGCAUGCUCUAUGCCUCAGACAUCACCACGGAGGCGUACAAUAUCAUGAUGAAGGAGUACAUUCCAAAGAUCAACGAGUUUAUUGAGCGUUACAUUAAGGGAAAACAGCCGAAGGUUCCGGAUAAAGAUUUUACUGGACAAAUCGUGGAGAUCCGAGACAUCGAGGAGAAUGUCUGGCUGCCAACGUUGGGUCUCAAGGGAAAAAUCGAUGUGACAGUCGAGGUGAAGCUUCAUAACAGACGAAGAAUCAUGCCCCUCGAGGUUAAAACAGGGAGAACUGUCUUCUCCGCUCAGCACAAGGGACAGCUGUACCUGUACACGAUGAUGCUGAAGACACUGGGGUACGAUGUGGACUCUGGUCUUCUUCUGUACAUAAAGGACAAUCAGAUGCAGGAGAUCAAGAGCUCGAUACACGAUCAGAGGGGGUUGAUAUCCAUGAGGAAUCUGUUGGCUCACUACCUCGCCAAACCAGCAGCCAGAAUUGCCAACACUGGGGCCUCUGAGGGAGAGCUGUCGGUUGAGUUGAUGGAGCUCCCUGAACCUAUUCAUCAUAAUUUCUGCAGGGAGACCUGUCCUUAUAGAAAUAUAUGCUCUGUCUUUGCUGAGGAGGAUAAGAAUCUAUCCCUGAGUGAUCGUCAUCCCAUCUCGGUUGUUCGUAAGAGUCUCACAGAGGAGCUGACGAAGGAGCACAUCAACUAUGUGACAAAGUGGCUCGCUUUCCUGGAGAUGGAUGAGGCGCAGAAUAUGAAGGAGGGCCGUAACGAUAACAUUUGGAACCUGGCGCCCAUAGCUAGGGAGAAGAGGAAGACUGGGCUUGUGUGCAUGGAGGUUUCCAAGGUCGUAGCCGUGGACAAUGUGUUUUAUCACGAGUUCGUCAGGGAAAAGGGGAACGAGGAGGACUUUCCGGUGAAGGACUUUAGACAGGUGUUUCAUGGCGACGAAUAUGUGACGAUAAGUAGCGAAAAACGUUACCACCUCGCCUCAGGCUUCCUCAACGCCGUCACCAAGACCUCCCUAGGGCUCCGUCUGGAGCGCGACCUAUCAAAACACGAGGAGAAGAUAUACUCAAUAGAUAUCCUCUCUCUACGCAACCAACUAUACAGAAUUUUCGGUACCCUAGGAACCCUCUUGAGUUCGAACGAUAUAACGCGUCGAAUGCGACGGCUAAUAAUCGACAAGGAGCCAGCACGUUUCACCGAGCCCCUCCCGAGUGACUUCAACACCCCAGGAGCGCGUAGAAUCCUCGACAGACUGAAUAAGUACCAGCAAGAAGCCCUGACAGCAGUUUUGACAGCCAACGAUUACGUCCUGAUCAAGGGAAUGCCUGGAACAGGUAAAACGGAGACCCUGGUGGCUCUCAUCGAGCUCCUCUCCUACUUGGGAAAAUCGGUAAUCAUCACAGCCCACACCCACAACGCGGUGGACAAUAUUCUCUUGAAGUUGGACCAGAGGAAGGUGGACUUCAUGAGACUGGGAAGUGACAGCAGACUCCAUCCAGAGCUCAUCCACAAGUCCGAGUCGGUAUUGACGAAGGACUGUGAUAGCCCUGAGAAGCUGGGGCUCGUCUACGACAAGCAGAAGAUCAUUGGCAUCACUUGUCAUGGGGCUGGGCACUUUCUUCUGGCAAGAAGAAUGUUCGAUUACUGCGUUGUUGAUGAGUGUACCCAGGUGCUGCAGCCGGUGCUGCUGAAGCCCCUCUACAGUGCCUCGAAGUUUGUCUUCGUGGGGGAUCCUCAGCAGCUGCCAGCAGUGAUCAGGAGCAUUGAAGCGAGGAGGCUGGGGAUGGAUGAGGAUAUAUUCAAUCGUCUGGACAGCCCCAACAAUACCAGGAGCCUGAAACUCCAGUACAGGAUGAACCAGACGAUAAUGAAUCUUGCGAAUGAGUUCAUGUACAAGGGGGAGCUCUGCAUUGGAAAUGAGACUGUUGCCAAUGCCACCCUGAAGUUCAAAUGCCCUGAGAAGGUGGCAAUGUGUGAGAAGUGGGUGCAGAGGGCUCUUGAUAAUUCCUUGGAGAAGGCUGUCACAGUGCUGAAUACAGGGGAAAUCGCAAAUUUUAUCGCUCAUACCAGACUCCAGAGGAGUUCAUUCCUCAAGACGAAGGAACAGAGUGAGGGUGCUACCAAGGGCACUGUCAAUUGGUACGAAAUUGUUGUCAUUCAAAGGCUCGUUACUGCUCUGAUUAAUGGAGGUGUCAGCCCUGAGGAGAUCGGUGUCAUCGCUCCUUUCAGGGCGCAGAUCAAUCUCCUCAGGACUGUCAUCAAGGAGGACGUGGAAAUCAAUACUGUGGAUCAGUAUCAGGGAAGGGACAAGAGUGUGAUCAUUUUCUCAUGCACCAAGAGCAACCGGAGGAUUGCCGAUCUUAAAUCAUCGGUGGAGUACAGAGUCCUGGAGGAUCCCAAGAGGCUCAAUGUCGCUGUCACUCGGGCCAAGCACAAGAUAAUCAUCGUAGGAGAUGUUCCUCUGCUGUUGGAGUAUGGGCUGUCCACUAAGGAACUCUUCACCAUACUCAGGAAGGAUGUCUGGGAUCUGGAGGAUAACGUCGACGAGUUCUCGUGGGACCGACUUUUCAAGGACUUGGUAGUGUCUAGGGGGGACGAGGGGAGCCAAUCAGGGGCGUCAACGUCGGGGGAAGAUUAAUUUAAUUUUUUUUGAGAUUGAAGGAGUUUAUGUUAUCAUUGAUUGUUUUGUUGAUCACUAAUCAAUAGGACGUUGCCAUGCGGUCCAUUGAUUUUUUUGCAGCAGUUUUGUUCGUGCACUCGUUUCAUCAGAUCUUUUAGGAAGUACAAUACAAUAUUUAUAAAUCCAUUGUAAAAAUAUUUUCAUAUAUUUGGUAAUUGUUCAGGAUAUUUUUCCUUGACUAUUGUUUCUUGUCACUGCAGAUCUCAAAUUUUGUGUACUUCACUUCCAAAAAUGACAGUAUUCUGUUGAUCGAAAUAAAUAAAGUCAUUGUAGAAAUAGCCUCAGUUAUUUUAUUCUAUGAAAAAUAAAGGAUAGAAGCUACAGGGGUCGAAUUAAUUCUCACUGAACGAAUGAAGAAAGCUAGAAUUUCCUCUUUGGCAUUUUUUGUUAUAACAUGGAAGAAUAAAAUUUUUUUUCAUCAAUGAAGAAAGAAAUAUCUACGUAAUUAUUUUAUAAAACUGUUAUUAAUAUUAAUACAUUUUCCUAUAAUAAUAUCAGAGCCAAUUGAAAAUGCUUCUUUCACAGAUUCAUUUUAAUCAACGACAAAUACGAAUGAUUAUAGAAAUAUUCUACUGCAUAGACGUUAUUCGAAUCGUAGUAUUUAUACAGUUUUGUUUAUCAUACAUCAAUCAUAAUCUUUAGUUAUUUUUUAAAAUGAUUUUUCCUUGCAUUAUAAAUAAUUUUAAGUUCUUUUAUCGACGAUAAACCAAAUACUGUACACGUGGGGGGAAAAAGGAUAUAUCUCUGCCUGUUUUUUUUUAUUUCAAUGAGCCAAUUACUUCUUCUGGAUUUCACGAUUCUUCUGAAUCAGUAUUCUGACUGUAGGCAUCCGCGGUGAGUAAACGGCUAAUUAAAAUGGUUAGUCCAAUGCGGAUGGCUCUCGUCUUUUCUCAGCAUGUUUUUUUGUAAAUUCCUCGGCAUUUUUCAAGUAUUUCUUUCUGUCUUUGAGGAAUUCCUCAGCCAAGUCUGCUCGAAGGGGAUGCUCAGGCUCGGGAUCAUUGAC